GGAGCGGGGCCCCAGGGCCUCACAAGCCAUCAGCACGAGCUUUGCGCUGCUUGCCUAGAGUGCAAUGCAGGGCUGGAUCCUGCUGGCGUGGAUGCUGCACUGGCUGUCCGGAGGAACAGGUCCUGAGCAGUGGACUUCAACUUAUGAACGGGUUUCUGCGGUUGAGCUCUAGGAAUAGUCACAUAGAUCAUCUGCACGAGGAUUAUGUGAACCUGUAACUUCACAUGGAGGAAAAGAUUCAAGAACUGGAAGACAGUGAUGUCAGAAACUGGUAUAAGAAUGUUAGACAAGCAAUGUCUAAAGAACAACUGUCUCUGGCAGCUGAGCGAGAAUGGAUUCUGAAACAGAGUAAAAUGCAAACAGAACUGAACUGGCAGCAGCUCUGUGAGAAUGGCGAAUGUAGCUGGUAUCGGAAAUCAGAAGAUCUAACACACAGACUGUCUUCAUCAAGAGAGGAGGCUGAAGCUGAUCUACAGAAAACAGACUACAGGUUGCAUGAAGUGAAGACUCUUCUUUCUCCUUUGACUGUUGAGAGAGAACAGACAAUACAAGCAUCGUUUAAUCACAGUAUUUCACCUGAAGGGGAGAAACAGAUAUUUCAAUAUGAUGAUGAAAGUUCUCUGUGUAAAGAUAUCCCUUCUUUGGAAAUAAAAAAGCUGCAGGAACAGAAUGCCAGCCUUCGGGCUGCUAUUGCACAAAUGAGGAAAGAAAUGGAGAGUCUUGAUGAGCAGAUGUCUUCUCUUACUCUAACAGAAGACAGACAGCUUGCAGAGCAAGGUGACAAUUCGGUUCUUGAAGAAAACAUGGUAGAUUUUGGACGACAGCCACCUGAUGUAGCUAUUGGUGUUGAUUGUCAGUAUAGUGUCAAACGCACUCUACGAGGACUGCAAAAUAAACUCAAGGCAGCAGCAAGAAAAAUAUCAAUUCUGAGCCAAGAAAAGCAGCAGCUGACUGAAAUGGGAAACAGCCUCAGGGCAGAACUUGGAAUGGUGUUAAAGGAAGGACUCUGGCAUCCUGUUAGCUCUAAACACUGCACAGUUUGUGUUGCCUCUGGUAGUCUUCUUCCAAGAGAACUUGUCAGAAGAACACAGUGUCAACUGUCAGUUCUAAAGCAUCUACAGCACAGACUCUCAACACAGGAGCUGCAGUGUGCAGGGCAACAGCAUUCUUCAAGGUUCUCUUCUUUUACUGCCUGCCCUAGCUUAAGGGAAGAAGCUCCAAGCAGCUAUGGGGAAGAAACAGAAUUACUAUCUGCUGAGGUUCGGCUAGACUCCUCUAUUGAAAAUCAUGGGCCAGAUACAUUCUCAGCAACAAAGGCAGAUACAUGCACAAAGAUUGUUCAAACUCAGCAGCUCAAUCAGAGUCCUAAUCAAGACCAGCAGGUCCAGCUUUCUUCAUCUGGAGCACAUAAUUUCUGUCAAAUUUUAGAUACAGGAUCAAGCCGUUCUCUACAAAGUCCUCAAAAGAACACCAGCCAGGUGGAGUUUGAAGUUGUACAUUCAAUUGAGCAAUCUGAAGAAUCACGGCAAAAUGUCAAAGCCAAGGAUAAACUUGAAACAUCAGCUGAAGAUUUGACAGUCAGAGGAACAAGGCUGGAAGUUCAGCAGAAGUUAAAAUCCAGGAGUUUAUCUUGUGUUCAUCUAUUAAAACCAAAAGUCUCUUCUAGCAUGGCAAAAAUCCGCAAUUAUAAUAUUAAAGACUGAUUUCUAUGUUGACAGAGUGUUAUAGGUUCACGCUUGCUAUUUACUGACUUUGACAUCUCUACAUCAGGUCUAAUUAUCAGCCUCAGUUUUGUAUGUCAGGUUGAGAUAUUUGCAGCCAGAAGAGAGAACAAGUACCCUGUUUCAUACAGUGAAGCCUCAAAUAAAGGGUUAAUCUGUGGACA